CUGUGCAUGCAGACUGUAUGGCUUUACUUCUCACAUCAGAGAGAGAUGAAGGAAGAUCACCGAGAGAAAUCACGAGCGGCCGAAAAAUCACGCACGCCUGUCUAUCAACCUUCGCACCAGUCAGAAUGCAAUUUUGCUGGAGGACCACACACGUGCAAGGAGAGGCAUGCAAACCACUCGCAGUUCUUCCACAAGCACCCAUACACGAAAUUACAUACGAACGAACAGGGAAACAACACACGCCCAUCCAUCCAUCCAUCCAUCCGUCCACUCAUCCAUGUGCGUCGUGCACAAGGAUGGGUGUGUCGUGUCCUUAUGUGAGAUUCAGUCAGUGUGUGUGUAGUCCAUGUGACACUUCUUCGUAUGUAUUUGUCAGUGUCAAUGCUUGUGUCAUUAGGUUAUGGUGUACAACACUUGACAGACAGACAGUCGGUCUUCACUCAUAUCGACACCGACACCACACACAUCCAUGGGGGGCAUGGAUCCGCGCACCCACGACACAAAUUUGCCACGCCAAUGCGAAAGCCCCUCACCCCCCACAGCCUGAGGGCCGACUCAGAAAAAAUAUCACGAGCCUUCCAUCGAUUCUUCCUCUUCUUCCUGCUUUUGCUGUGGCCGAGGCUGGUCAUCAGUGUCUCCCUCGUUGCCCUCGUUCUCCUCUUCCUUCAAAAAUAGCUCGUGAUGUUCCCUUUCAACAUGCCCAAGCAGCUCACUCUCGGCGCCGAACUUCAGUGCACAGGCAGAGGCCGGGCACGGAAAGGUCGGCACCGGCACAGCCUGGCGCAACUGCUGCACAAGCGUCAGCAAAGCCUCCACAGGCGCCAAAGCCGUCUCCUUGCUCGCCGCAUCCACAUUGUCCUUCGACGAUGACGUCUUCACCAAGGACUCGGCAUCAUGAACCCAUCCGCCAUUGUCGUCACCGCCGUCACCGCCCUCUCUCUUAUCCCAGUUCCUCAACGUGGUCUCGAGGCAGCUGAGCUGGGCAUGCAGGAUUUCCAAGUCGCUGGGAUCCCACUGCAGGUGCCGAUCGAGGGCGAGGUUGGUGAGGACUUUGCAUGCGAGUCCCACGAGCUCUGCGUCUCGUUCCCUGGCGGCGUCUCGUAUGAGCUCGACCAGCCUGGGUAUGAGCCCGAUGCCGUCGGCGUCGGCACAGUCGGUGGACAGCAGCCGCUGCGAGCAGUCAUGGUCAGCUGCUAGGUUCACCAGCACACCUGAUUGAUGAUCGACCACCACAUGGACGUCUGUCUGUCUGUCUCCCAUGUGUGUCGUGUGUCGUGUGUGGUGGGUAUCGCCGCACCUGUGAUGUAGUAGACCAGGUCUCUGUACGUGUGGUCGAGCAGCAGCACCAGGGCCUCGUCGAUGCGAGACUCCUGUAACAUCAGUCGCACGUCCUGGUGACGCGACAGGUUGCCCAGCGCCCUGGCUGUCUCCAUCAAGGCCUCGGGAUUGGUCGUGUCCAAUAGCAGAGGACGGAAGAGAGUGCACAGCUGCACACACCCAGACGAAAAUGAAAUGGCGGUUCUGUGCGAGAGAAGGGAGUACCAGUCGCUUGUUGUUGCUCUCAAACAGGAUGUUCGACGGCGAGUCGUAAUAGAGAAGGUUGGUCAGUGCGGCCACGGCAUUGAGGAUCAGCUCCUCGUGCUGCUGCACCUUCUUGGACCCCAUGACCUCUAGAAGGGGCUCGACCAGUGCUGACGUGGCCGCAGCCAUGGUGCCGACAGACGUGUUGAUGCACACAUUCGCCAGCAGCCUGAUGACCUUGACCAACACAUCCUCCACCUCCCUGUUGUUUGCAGAAAGGAGACGCUGUCAUCGAAACGGCUGUCUCCUCGUGUGCUUAACUCACUCUCUGUCGGCUCCCCUGAGCUUUUCCUUCCCUUCCGGCCCCUCAAUCAGACGAAUCUUCCGAUCCUGCACACAUGGUUGGAAGCAGUCUUGCACGACCCGUUUCCAGUGCCUGCGUGUCAGCCUCCCACAGCCACACAUGUACCAGCUGCAGAUAUCUGUGGAGAAGUGCCCCGAGCAGUGCGGACCCCUGGCAGUCGAACAUGAGCUGUAUGCGCGCCCGAUCGCUCUUGGCCGUCAGGUUGCCCAGCACAAAGGACAAGCGAACCACCAGCUGGCCGUGAUCCAUGUGGCUGCCCAGACACCUUUCACACACAGGACACGGAGACACCGACGAAAAGAUGUCGCGGUUAUUCAGCUGCUCACUCACUUGGCGGUUUGUUUGACGUGUGCGUCGUUCUGCGAGAGGAUCUCGCAGCACGUGUUUGUGAGCGAGAGCUUGCUGAGCAGCCUGGAGAUGUUGAGCAGCAGCUCGGGCGAGGUCUGGAACAACGGCAUGAGGCCCGUCAGCGCCGCAAGCACGUCGUGCAUCACAAACUGACACACACACACACGAUUUGUGUGUUGUCACUGUGGCAGUUAGUUGCUCACAUACCUGUUUGUGGUGCUUUGACGAGACGGCGAGAUUCCUCAGCGUGCCAGUAAUUUGGAUCAAGAGCUGCGCCUCCCUCGCACUCCCCGCAAAGUGGGUCUUCUUGAGGAGGUCCGCAAAGGUCUUGAUGGCUGCAUGCCAGAGGGACAACCAAGCAAAGUGGGGAGAUGCAUUGCCUCCCUGUGGCAAGAAGUCGUACCUCCCUGCUGCACCAUGGCAGCCUGGUUCGCAGCAUCGUGUGAGGUGACAUUCUUGAGGACACCCGCCACAAACACACGCAGCUCGUGAUCGCCAUCACUUGACAGAGAAGGAGGAGGCAGCAUCGUGCCCUCGUCGUUGCCCGCCUGAACAAUGUCAUCAAUAGGUGCACAAUGGCAUGUGACUGCUGUGUGUGGCCUGGUCUACCGACCAUGGCGGCAGGAGAAUGGCGGGAUAGGAUGGCCAGCAAAGGAGCAAAGAUGUCCUCGUCACGGAAACGGGCGUCAUUCUUGUCGUCUGCAAGACGAGACGUGCCGUUAUGCGGCAUUGCUCCUCCCUCUUCACUUGUUCCCAUCUCUCUCCCUCUCACCUUUACUGAGCUUCAAUAGAACUUUGACUGUGUUGAUCAAGCCGGCCUCGAGACCACGACCGCCGAUGGCGUCGCGGGCUCUGAAUGAGAAGCCAGAUGCAGCAAGCAUUGUUUGGCCUCGGUUUGUGGUGGCCCAGGCACUCACUCUUCCAUCAGGAGAAGCUCCAAAGCGCAGCGGCACAACCGAAACAUGCCCUGAUCGAAGUUUUGCAUAUGUCCACAGAAUCGAUCAUGGGUACAUGUGUGUGUCAGUAUGUCGACCUUUUCGUGCUUGAGGUCGAGAAGACCCAUGACAGCUCUGAGCAGCUGCUCAGCCUGACCGCCGCACCUAUGGGGGCUGCCGCACCCUGAGACAGACAUGUAUGUGUCAAACGUUUCCCCUUUGCUGUCUGUCUGUCUGUCUGGCUGCCUACCUGCCUGCCUCCUCCGGCCUACCUGAUUUGAGGUCUUUCACGAGGUCCCAGAGCCUCUCGCUCAUCUCGCCUGUCAGCUCCUCACUGCGGGAAGCGUACACAAUAUAGAGGCGGCAUUCUCUUUCACCCCCCGCACUCACCUGCACAGCUGUGGGGGCUCCGACACCACUAGCUGAUGCAGCUUCUCUGACAGAACAACAACACAGUGUGCUUCCCUUCCCAGCAUGCUGAAGCUGCCGAGCUCUCUCACCCAUGACGACGUCAAACUGCUCGUCCCAUUCGUCCGCCACGACCUGUCUCGAGGACCGAGACUGUCGCCUGCUGUCAGGCCUUGCACCUCUCGGCUCACUCGGGGGCACGGGCGUCACCUGAGGAGGUGAGCUCGCCUCGCUGGCAGGGGGAGCUGCUGAUGACCGCUUGGAGUGUUUCUUUUCUCGCCGCCUUGUGUGGCCCGUGUGUGACUCUGUGGACUCCAGAAAUCCCUGCGGAAAGGAAAAACCACCAUGCUAUGAUGCACGUGUCAUCAAGUCACUGCCCGCAACAGGGAAAGCCUGUCCCACGUGUUCAGUUAGCGAGCCGGUCCGCGACCGUGGUCUUGGGAGGGGCUCUUCCGUGACAAUGCUCUUGGCCAUGCUGUCGCGUCUCGGCCCUCCGACCCCGAUCCCUCCCACCGAGUGUCUCCUGUGUGUCUCCGUGAUGAACUCGUUCUCGUCGUCGAGUGUAAGGAUGUCGACGCCAUCACCGGACGACAAAGCGGGAGGAAACUCAGGUACCGCCUACACGACAACAAAAAUGGCCGCGGCAACGAACAAGAAAGCCGUGUUCUGUGUCGGCUUGCCUCGGGGAUGCUUCCGAGGGUGGUUGCGGACCCCGAGCCCCUUCUGGAUUCGGCGAAAGUCUCCUUGAGCAUGUUGAGGUGGUGCAACGAGUAGCUGGAGCUGGGCCGGGGCCCAUCCCCCAGCCCCAUGUCGAGAGACGGCUGGAACAGAGACCUGAACGUACCAACCACAGAUAUACAUGCAUUUGGACCUUAUUCCGGUCUGUGUGUCUCUCUUACCUGUCCACAAGCGGCGUAUAGGGGCGCGAGGGCUGCACAACACAAAAGAACAAAGUGAACAAAGUGACACCCAUGAGGGCCAAUUGUAAGGGUCAUAUAAGAGCCUGACUCGCCUUGGCGAGUGAUGCGUACGCCCUGGCCUCCUUGAUUGUGUGUGCAAUGGUGGAGCGCCGUAUCUGCUUUAUCAUCGGAUCAUCACUGCCGUCUUCAUCAAAGGUGCCGAAAUCCACGGCCGAACUCCUCAUCGCAGCCGAUUUCAGAGAGGAGACAACGAGAAGAAGAUCUCGAGGCUCCUAUAUCACUGUGGCGUGGGGAGAAGAAAAGCUG